GAAUCAAGGAAGCCGUUGGAUUCAUCUAACGGCCGUUAAAGGACCCAGGAAAAAUACAUCGUUCAUCAUCAGUUUCUGUCCGUCCCCUUCGACUUGAGGAGAAAAGCUGAUUCGCUUCAGUUGGCGCUCCCCAGCCCCCGGGAUUCCCAAUCGAUUGUUGCUUCUGCACUUCUGAUCGCAAAACCCUAAUUCCUAAUCCCUAAUCCCUAAUCCAAAUCAGAAUGGGAAGCAAAAGCAAAAGCAAGAGAAGGAAGCAAUUGGAGGACUCAACCGACGAUGACUCAUAUUCAUCGCCUUCCUCAAGCUCCGAGGAAUCCGAGCGCUCUUCGAAAAGGCACCGUCGCAGAAAAGACGACGGUGGUUCGAGAAGAGAGAAGGAACGGAGAGAGAAACGGAGAAGCAAGCGAGAGACGAAGAGAAGGAAAUCAAAGAAGAAGAAGAGGGCUUAUGGGGUUGAUGACGGCGAUGAGUCCGGUUCUGGGAGGAGUGCUGACGAUUCAGAGCCAGGCCGGAGUCGGCUCGAUCCGCAACCCGUUUUACGAGAAUUGUUCAUCGAAUUUCCCAAUGUUGGGAAUGAUUUGAAACAGCUUUUAGAAAUGAUUGAUUGUGGGCAAGCAGUUGACAUCAAGGGAAUAUCUGAAAGAUCUUUGAUUAAGCAUCUGAAGAAGUUGUUCCGUUCAUUAGAACUCAAAGAAAAUAAUGGGGUCUUUUUGUUGCCUUCAAAUGUUCGUCCCACGUUGGAGGUUGUUGGGCUUAUGAUUCAAAAGUCUUUAGAACCUAAAACUGGACAGAAUGAGGUGCAUCCAGAACAACCAGAUGAGGAAUACAAACAAGUGGUUGAUGAAAAUAAAACGACGGUACGAUGCAUGGAUGAUGUUGAUACUGGCCCUAAAAGAAGGACAAUUGGCCCUGCAAUGCCAUCAGCUGAGUUACUUGCAGCAGCAGCCAAAUUGACGGAGGCACAGGCUGAGCUCAGACAAGCUGAGUUGGAAGAAGAUUCUGAAUAUUUUAUAGGACCCCCACCACCUGCCGUGGUUGCUGAAACUGAAUCAGCUAAUGAAGCUGAGCGGUUUGAAGAGGUCACAAGGAUCAUGGAUGCUGAGGAUGAUAGUCUAUAUGAUAUUUUAGGAGCAAACAACAAUAUGUCUGCUGAGAAUAUUAAGAAAAGGUACUGGAAGAUGUCUCUUUUGGUGCAUCCUGAUAAAUGCUCACAUCCUCAAGCUCACCAAGCAUUUGUUAAGUUGAAUAAAGCUUUUAAGGAACUACAAGAUCCAGAUAAGCGUAAAGUGCUGGAUGACAAGAUUAAACUCAAGGAGGAACAUGAAAAAUUUAAGGUUGAGUUGAAAGCUAUGCGCGAGGCAGCACAAUGGAGAAGGUUACAAGGAAUAUCCAUGGAGGGUGAUGAUGAACUCCUAGCAGACAUGGAUGUUAAAGUAGCACCGAAAAGAGAUGAAUGGAUGACAACGCUGCCACCUGAAAAAAAGCAUGGUGUUGUGAGCAUGCAAUCAACAAGAUUCAACAAGAGCACAAAAGAAGGACGUGGCGAUACUAGUUCAUGGACUGAUACCCCUUCAGACAGAGCCCAAAAAGCUAAGAUGGGUUACUUAGAAGCUUAUAAUCAGGCUGCAGCGCUUGCUUCGAAUGAGGAUGAAAAGAAAAGGCAGAGUUCAGAUGCAGAUUUGGUGGACAAAUACAACAAAGCAAAACGAUCAAAAUCAUUGGUAGAAAAGCACAAAGAGGAGACUGCAAGCCGUUCGAAAAGAAAAUCCAAGCAACAGUCACAACAGGCAGAGGAAGAAUGGGUGGGGAAACAUCCGUGGAAACCUUGGGAUCGCGAGAAGGAUUUGGCAGGUGGGAGGCAAAAUGUAAAGUUGGAUUCAGAAAACAUGACUCAGGUUUUAUCGUCUCGGUUUUCAUCUGGCUCGUACGAGAGGAACUUCCUUUAGACAUGAAUGGAUUAGUUGUAUUGUUGUAUAAUCAAGCAACGCAUUGAUGAUGGGAUAACAAAUAUGCACUCAGAUAGUAUCUAGUCGUGUGCGUUGCUUUACAUUUUACAUUAAGUGAAGUUGGAGGGUCGCGAGAAUUGGUUACCCAAGUUCUUGGCCGAAUA